AUGCAAUGGGACAGGCCUUAUGAAUGCUGUGAGUGCAGGAAAACCUUCAGUCGCAGCUCACAUCUUAUUGGGCAUCAGAGAAUCCACACAGGGGAGAGAUCCUAUGAAUGCAGUGAGUGCAGGAAAACCUUCAGUCACAGCUCAAAUCUUAUUCAGCAUCACAGAAUCCACACAGGAGAGAAGCCAUAUGAAUGCCGUGAGUGCGGGAAAACCUUCACUCAAAGAUCAGGCCUUUUUCACCAUCAGAAAAUCCACACAGGGGAGAGAUCCUAUGAAUGCCAUAAGUGCAGGAAAACCUUCAGUCGCAGCUCACACCUUAUUCGGCAUCAGAGAAUCCACACAAGGGAGAAGCCCUAUGAAUGCCAUGAGUGUGGGAAAUGCUUCACUAGCAGCUCAGACCUUUUUGUACAUCAGAGAAUCCACACAGGGGAGAGACCCUAUGAAUGCUGCGAGUGUGGAAAAUGCGUCACUCACGGAUCAGCCCUUAUUCGGCAUCAGAGAAUCCACACAGGGGAGAGAUCCUAUGAAUGCAGUGAGUGCGGGAAAACCUUCAAUCACAGCUCAAACCUUAUUCGGCAUCAGAGAAUCCACACAGGGAAGAGGCCCUAUGAAAGCAAUGAGUGUGGGAAAUCCUUCUUUUAGCACUCAACCUAUCUUAGCCACCAGAGAAUCUGCAAGGGAGGUCAACACCAUAAAAACCUCUGGGGCUAUCCAUACUUUUUUUUCUUUAAUACUUUUUCCUGAUUCCCACAUAGUAACUUUUAAAGCUGUUUGAACUGUUUGCAGCACUGAUAUCCCUCAGCUUGUUUAGAUGAGUGGCCCAUUUUUCUUUUUGCAGUUUGCCCAGUUUUGAAGUGGGCCCAUUUGUCCUUUCUAUCAACUCUGUUGUCCCAUGAGUAAUUCGAGUGUGCCCUUCC